AUGGCCAUUGAUAGUGGAAACAAGGCGAGUUACAACGCUUACCUUCAUCGACUUACACGGAAGGUGCUGUCCAUUGCGGAUGCCCCCAUUUCAGCUCUGGCAUCAGCUUUUUCCCAGGGCCAUGUCAACAGUGUCGAGUUGACAGUCAAGCAUCUCUUGAGAAUCGCCAAGUAUGAUCGGCGAACAAGUCACCUCAACGCUGUUCCCAUCAUCAACCACGAUGCCUUCGACGCUGCUCAAGAGUCAGACCAGCGUCGUGCAUCAGGUAAAAUGCUGGGGCCCCUUGAUGGUAUCCCAGGUACUAUCAAGGAUUCAUACAAGAUGAAAGGCAUGACAGUAGCAGCUGGCUCUCCUGCUUUCAACGAUCUUAUUGUCAAUGAAGAUGCAUUUACUGUCCAGAAACUCAAAGAGGCUGGUGCUGUCCUCUUAGGACGAACCAAUAUGCCCCCCAUGGCUGCGGGAGGUAUGCAGCACGGCGUCUAUGGUUGUGUAGAGUCCCCUUACAACGAAGCCUAUCUCACAGCGGCAUUUGCGUCGGGAUCUUCAGACGGUUCUGCUACAGCAACUGCAGCCAGCUUCGGCGUGUUUGGGAUGGGUGAGGAGACCAUCUCGUCCGGCCGUUCAUCUGCUUCCAACAACGGCCUAGUGGCAUACACAUCUUCCAGAGGCUUGAUCUCAAUCAGGGCCAACUGGCCUCUAUUUGCGACAUGCGACACCGUCGUUCCUCAUACCCGCACAGUUGAUGAUAUGUUUGCUCUUUUGGACAUCAUCGUGGCAAAAGACCCCAAGACAUCUUGUGACUUCUGGAGCGAACAGACCUAUGUCAAACUACCAGAAGUUGACACCAUUCGACUGAAGUCUUUCUUCGAUCUGUCCGAUCCCAACGCCCUCAAGGAUAAGAGGGUUGGUGUACCGAAAAUGUACAUUGGAGGUGUGGACUCUGACCCAACCGCUAGAAAGGUCCAUACUCGCCAGUCUGCCCGGAAGAUUCUCGAGGGACUUGGCGCCACAGUUAUCGAGACAGGCUUUCCUCUCCUCACCAAGUUCGAGAAACCUGAGGCUUCUGGCAAUGUCUCUGAGACUCCUCCUCAUCGGAACGAGAUUGAUAUAUGUCAGCUCAUGGCAUACACUUGCGAUGAUUUCCUGGCUUCGAAUCAAGAUAACAAAAUUGCCUCAACACUUGCACAGUUAAAGUCAUCCACCAUCUUCCCUCAUCCGCCUGGAUGUUUGCAGGACAAGUACGACUCCAACGAUCCUCUUGUGCGACACACAGCCGUCGUGGCUCACAUCACCAAUGGUCGUGUCCCCAUUUUUGACAUUGACGACAUGGGUCUUGACACAGUUGUUUGUCCUUGUAAUGCUGAUGUAGGCAAGGCCGACGCGGAUGUCAACGAGCAAUCCGCCAAACACGCGUGGCUCAAUGCAGUCUUGUACUCAAAUGGCAACUGUGCUAUACGACAAUUCGGCAUCCCAACCGUCACUGUGCCUAUGGGUGUUAUGGCCGACAUUGGAAUGCCUGUCAACCUCACCUUUGCCUCCAAGACAUGCGAUGACAACAAUUUGUUUCAGCUGGAGACAGACAAUAUCUCACGACGGGGAAGUAUGUCGCAAAUGGGUCUGACAGCACCUCAAUUGAGCAUCGAAACAUCAGCUUCUAUCAUUGACGGACAGAAGGUCAUCACCAUAUCGGGCACGAUUAACAAGCAGGAAGUCUCUGAGCUGAAAGCCCAUGUCGAUGGUGAAGAGAUGAAUCGUGUCAACAUUGUCGAUGGGAAAUGGGAGUUAAACGAAGCGACUAGAGCCAGACCAGAAGAGAUCAGUGUGCCAGAUUUUGAGUCGACAAUGCUCAUCGUUGUAGCCACAGGCAAGGACAGAAGGUCAACUGCCAAGAUGGCAUUUGUUUAG